GGUAGCACCGGUGCGUCGGACGGUUUUGCCGGUGUUUCGAAACACCGUCCCGUGUAAGAAAUCCUUGGAUCCCAAAUUUCACUUGAAGACAAACUAAGCGAUGCGAAGAGGAUGCUGCCUGCGCUAACAGUACGACAAGGAAGGAAUAUUACGUCGUUCUGGCGGCCGUGACGCCUCAGUGACGCGCACACAUAGGCUGCGAUGGAGGCCACGCUGUCGCCCUUUGGUCGCCGGACGAGGAGGCGCUGCUCGUCUCCCCUGAGCACCGUGGUGUCCGUGUCGCCGGCCUCUUCCUCCUCCCUGGUCCGGUGCGCCUCCGAGUCCGCGCUGCAGCGUUGCGGUGCUCCCCCGUCCACGCCCGUGGCCACCGCGCCGCGCCGGGUCUCCCGAGCCGACAGCGAGCGUUCGGAAGGCCCGUCGGAGUCGUCGACGUCCGAGGCAAGCCGCGGUCGCCGCGAGGCAGACGCAGGCAGCCGGCCCCACAGCGUCGCCGUGAGGAGACGCAGCGCCUCCUGCUCCCCCCGCUCGUCGCUGGCGUCGACGGACGACUACCCCGGAGCUCCUCGACCGGCGCUCAUCGUCAAGAUGAACGCGUGCGCCUUGCUCAGGCAGGGCGAGCUGGUGCGUCGCCGUGAGUCCGAGCGGCGCCAGCAGCACGACCGAGCGUGGGCCGACCGGCGCAGGCAGCUGGACCGGGCGCGACUCAGCGACCGGCUCGAGAUGCUGCAGCGACGGACCCCGGAGCCCGGACCCUCGGUCAAGGAGAGGCUCAGGGCUCUCAGGCAGACUGCGCUGGAGCGCGAGGCCGAGUACAAGCGGGAGAUACAGAGCAUGGAGACACGCGUUCGAGCCAUGCCCCUGCUGCUGGAACGGCAGGCUGUGGCGGCGGCCCGUCGCAGGCUGGAGCAGCAGUACGAGCGCAAGCUGAAGGAGCUGGGACUGAGCUACGAGUGGAUCCGGGAGAAGGCGCAACAACCUCGCGAUCGCCAACCGGCGCAGCGCGUCCUUUCGGCGACGCAGGGGUCGGACACCGGAUCGCGCUUCCGCCGGGGCGUGGUGCACCGGUGUCCGGCCGUCCGGACUCCGCCUCCGGAAGCGACGGCCGUAGUCGUGAUGCGGUCACGCAGCGCCUCGUGCAGCCUCCGCUCGGCGCUCAGCCGAACCGAGAGCGCGAGCGACCUGUCCGCGUCCCUGCACGACGGCGAACCCGAGCCCGGUGUUGCGGUGUCUCCGCGGACUACGCCAAGCGAGGAAGAGACGUGACCCUCUGCGUGGAGUGCUUAGGUGGCCGUUUGACCUGCACAGUUGUCGGCGUGUUACGCUAGAAACGAUAUACACACGCGUGGCGCUCGGCACGUCGAAUAACCGUUACAUGUGAGGAGGGGGAGGUUUAGGAGCCUGGUUCCGACCGAAGUGCGGAUCUUAGGAGCACUGCUGCGCACUUAGAUAAGUAAUGCCGACACCUAAUUUAAGGACACCGUCUUUCUUAGCGAGUUACACUCGGUUUUCCCUAUCGGGUAGCGGGAUUUCUAGCCUUUUUCAUGGGCCGAUCUCGAAAAUAGUCUACAGUCAAUAAACUGGCGUAGUCAGACGCUCCUUCUCACGCGAGGGGUGACACGACAGAGUGCAGUGCCAACGCUUCCUAGAAAGCAGGCCGGUGCGCUCUGGUUUACGACGUCAUGCUACUCGGACCGAAAUUUCCGCUGUCAAGCCCGGAGUGACGAAAGCAGUGACGUCAUAAUCACCGUGGCUUGCUCGGGCGCAUCGCCAUUAGAUUCUAUGUAGCCGGUCAAGGUAACAUAACGUCAUGGAUAAUAGUGCGGCCGUGGCACAUAUCUUGUGCCAUCUUGGAGGCGUCAACGCGUUGCCCGUGCCCUGUGACCCCACCCCAACCUCACCCUCAACUCGCUCAGGGAGACAUUGUCUUUAAUCGGCUUCAACGAGAGGUUGAAUGGCCAGUCAACUUCUUUAGAGCGUGUAUAACUUUACCACAAGUUUCUUGUACGCAGAAGGUCCAAACUUAGUGAAUGGUCGUGAAGCAUUUACCAGAUAUAUUAAUUUUAUAAUAAAGUUGAUCUCGA